AUGAUUGCUAAUGAAAGUCGCAGUAUCGAAGAUGAGUUGGCUCUGUUUGAAAAAGAAAUAUCUUCUGUAGAAUCACAUCCUCGCAGUGCAUCUACCGUUACAACAAAUACUGUUGUCAGUCAGACGGACGUUUCGCAAACUUCCCCAAAUGCAGCAGCAGUUUCUUCUACUCGUAAUGAUGUUUCCUCACAUCCAUCAGUGCAGCCAUCCAUCGGUCCCGCUGUUCAACCUGAACCAAAACUGUUUAUGGGUCCUUUUAUCAGCGGUUCUGUAGCAGCAAAUCCCGUAAAUCCUGUAGUGCGUCCAACACCUCCUCCCUUCUUACCUCAUGUAAUGAUGCGUCCAGGUUUUGUUCCCCAGACAAAUUUAUCCAUGCGAUUUAUACCACCUCAGCUUCGACUGCCAUUAGUUGGUUUUAUACGUCCACCAGUGCAUAUACCACCUCAACCAAGUGUUCUUGAAUCGGGACCUAGUUUGUACGAAGAUGCAAUGAGAAAGGACGAUAAUAGAGACAAAGAGAAAAAUGGAGAGGCAGGAACUAGCUCUUUGAAAACUCAGGUUCUAACCUCUGAUAUAGAAGCUAUUGCACAAAAAAUACAUUCCGAAUCAACUCAUCGCUCCACUUAUAUUGGUCAAGUUAUGCGUGGGGAGAAAAAGAUGAAACGAUUUUUGCGUUGCGGUGGUGGGCAGGUUUGGGAAGAUAAGUCGUUGGCAGAAUGGGAUCCGAAUGAUUUCCGCAUCUUUUGUGGUGAUUUGGGGAACGAAGUAUCAGAUGAGUUAUUGGCAAAAGCCUUUCGUAAAUACCCAAGCUUCCAAAAAGCUAAAGUCAUUCGCGAAGCUAGAACUAAUAAAUCAAAGGGCUAUGGAUUUGUUUCCUUUAAACACCAGGAUGAUUUCGUUCGUGCCUGUCGUGAAAUGGAUGGAAAGUAUGUUGGAAACAGGCCAAUAAAGUUGAGAAAAAGCAAUUGGAAAGAACGAAAUAUGGAUAUAGUUAAAAAGAAAAGAAAACAAAAGCAAAAACUUGGUUUAGCAUAG